AUGUCGAGCGAAUCAUCAGAAGCGCAACCGGCGCCUCGCGCUGAUGCCGUGACUUUUGCCCGCUUCUCUGCUGCCAAUACAGCUGCCAUUCAUCUCCUGGACAAUAUUCGAUCUGAACUGUCACCUUCAUCCCUCAAACGCUACGGAAACACAAUCGGCUACCAGCUGUCAAUACCGCUAUUAGCCAGCAAUCAUGACUCCAAAGACGUCUGGCGAAUAGGCGCCGGUCCAUCCACAGCAAUCAUCGAGAGGAAACUGGAUCACCUGAAGCCAGACAUUCUAUUAUGCCCACCAGAUGGAUCACUCAGUGCCACAUUGGCGCGUCAAUUUAUUAAAGAUUUACAUGCAACCAUUCACUUUCACGCAAAAUCAGGUGUGCUGAUGCUCAAGACAACAUCCAGUCGACCCGUCACAUAUGAGCACGGCGAUAUGGACCACACAGACUUGGAGCUUGCUUUGCGCAGGAUACCAAGCUGCGUCAUGCGACGGAGCCAUAAUUUUAUACGGUUUGGCGAUUAUCGCUUUGUUCUUGAAUUCAUCGCUCAAGAUCAAGGCGAGGACAGUAUCAAGACGCAUCCAAGCAGUUAUCGUGGACUCUACCCUUCACCAGCCCUCAACCCCGCCCCGAUGACACACUCCAAGACCUCUUUCAACGUCUGGCUACACAACAAGAUACCCGAUACAUCAAUAACAUCAGGCGUCAAUAUUUACACUGGAGAACCAGUCGCCGUCAAGCAGCUACACAACAAAACAGCACUCCUACCAUACACCAGCAACCGACUCCAGGUCGCUCGUCAGUACGACGAGAGGCGAGACAGAGGUGUGCUCGGCAUCAUAGAUGUAUGGUGCGAACAUAACAUCUCCCCUCCCUGCUUUUCCAAUCGGCUCGAGAAAGUCGAUGACGAUAGCUGCGAGCGGACAUUCUAUUCUGUGCCUCUAGCGAAGAAUAAUUUUCGCGAUCUGCCAUGGGUAAAUAUCGCAUACGAAAAACGUCUUGCAUUAUUUUACCAGACAUUAUUGGGCCUAGCUGAGCUACACCAGCAAAAUAUUACUCACGGAGACAUUCUACCAGAGUCCCUUCUCAUCUUCACUGAACCCGAAUCUACAAUAAAGACCCAAUCCCCUCCUGGGAGAGCGGUUAUUUCCAUCAACAUGCGAAAACGAAAGACGAAGCCAGACCCGAGUGUUUGCGUAGCGCCCGAGAUUUGGAGUAGUCGGAGUGAGCAGAAUGGAGAUCUGGACGAGGCCAAACUUGACAUUUGGGCACUUGCAGCCUCAUGGCUUUUUGCUUUUACCGUCCCUCCGAAGAACAUGAAGAUAAGAAUACAGUCAUAUGGCGGCUUAAAGGCGACACUGGAUACCCAGUCCAAAAAGGGACUAAUAAAGGAACCACUAGUACUACUAUUACGGCAAAUGUUGGCAUGGGAGCCUCAGGAUCGUCCGAGUGCAGCAGACGCUCUUGCAGAUGAAGUGUGGGAUCCCAUCCGGGACAAGAUGCAGGAAGAGGAGGACAGCAAGAAGCGGAAGCGAUUGGACAUGAUGCAGAGUGUUGACGGCGGAGACAAGAGAGUCAGAGUGCUUUCGCCUGAUCCAGAUGAAUAA